AUGUUCCUUACGCGCUACUCCCGCCAGAAACCACUUGAACUCUCACGCCAUCUCACGCGCCACCUCUACUCCUCUUCUUCCUCUUCCACCACCAAAUCUACACCUUCUAAACUCCAUGAUUACUACUCCUUCAAACCCCCGCCUUCACUCUCUCCAAAGCCCGAAAAUCCUAACAAGAAUUUCAAGAAAAAAUCCAAACCUCGGUACCGUCCACCUUCUUCUCUCGAUUCACCAAAGAAAAUACACUCUAAUUUGCCCUUCGAUUUCCGAUAUAGUUACACGGAGAGCAGCCAGACGGUGAGGCCAAUUGGGCUUCGGGAACCCAAGUACUCGCCGUUUGGGCCGGGUCGGGUGGACCGAGAAUGGACUGGGGUUUGUGCCCCUGCUGUGGACACGAAAGUGAAGUCGGUGGAGGAGGGACCGGAGGAUCCUAAAUUGGAAGAGAAAAGACGAAUCAUGAGAGAACGAAUUCAAGGACUGCCACUUACUAAUCCUGAGAGAAAGGCUUUGGUGGAGAAUUGUCAUCGAAAUCGAACCAAGAGACAAAUCCAAUUGGGCAGAGAUGGUUUGACACACAAUAUGCUGAAUGUUAUACAUAAUCAUUGGAAACAUUCUGAAGCAAUUAGGAUAAAGUGCCUAGGAGUCCCCACUGUUGACAUGAAAAAUGUGUGCUACCAGCUUGAGGAUAAAUCAUUUGGAAAAAUCAUUUAUAGACAUGGCGGUACACUUGUUCUAUAUCGAGGCAGGAACUAUAAACCCAAGAAAAGACCUGUGAUUCCAUUAAUGUUGUGGAGACCUCAUGAACCAGUAUAUCCCAGGCUUAUCAAAACUACAAUUGAUGGUCUAAGCAUUGAGGAAACAAAGGAAAUGAGAAAGAGAGGAUUGGCUGCUCCUGCUUUAACAAAACUUGCAAAAAAUGGUUACUAUGGCAGUUUGGUACCCAUGGUAAGAGAUGCUUUUCUUGUCAGCGAAUUGGUACGAAUAGAUUGUCAGGGUCUUGAGAGAAGUGAUUACAAGAAAAUAGGCUGCAAACUUCGGGAUCUUGUUCCUUGUGUUCUGGUGACAUUUGAUAAGGAGCAGAUUGUGGUGUGGAGGGGGCACGAUUAUAAGCCCCCAGAAAAUGUGGGACACUUGCUCACACAUCGAGAAUUAUUUGAUAAUUCAGAUGAACUGGUUUCUGGAGUAGAGGGACAUGAUUACUCAGGCUAGAGCACCAGCCAACACGGUUUCAGCUCUCAUGAGGUUGAGUAGUUAUUUGCUUGCUGACAGUUGCAAGCUGACUUGAUGCUAGUGUGCUCCUAUUUGCCUAUUUAAAAUAUUAGCAAGAAAGGAGGACCUUUGAGAUCCCAAGAACAGUACGUUCGAAUCUUUUUGUUAUGGGUUUGAGGUAUCACUCAAUUGGUAGACCUGCUAGAUCAUUCCUAGAACAGAGUUGGGCAUAUUUUCAGUAGUAAUUUAAUCUCCCCAUCAUUACGAAAGUGAAUUAGUAUGAAAGAUCAAGAUCAUGUGUUCACCAAAAUGAAUCCACCAAGCUACUGAAUUGUAUUUUGUAUAGACUAGAUACAUGGGAUUCUCUUACUUUUGGAAUAGGAUAUCAUGGUUGCACAUGCAGCACCUUACCCUUCACUGUUUGGAUCUGUAAUCGUGAUGCCAUUACCCAAAGUUGGCGUUUGUAUCGAUUUUUUAUAAUUGCUCCCUGACUUAUAUAUGCUGUUUUUAUGUAUAUAAUAAUGCUAUUUGUUUUGCU